GCGUUGACUCCAUCUCGAACAAUGAGGAAGGAUCAGGCUCCACCUCCUGAAGAAGCCUUAAAUUCCACACCUCUGACCAGAAGUGGAAAGACCGUUUGCAAGGAUUUACAGCGUAACAAACAAAACGUUAACUCUGCAACAAGAGGCAACUGUAAAGGGCGAGAGUCCGUGACGGACCGAACUCUGCAGCUGUUUCACAAGCCGACACUUUCCUGUUUACUCCUAAGAUUCUGCAGUGAUCAGGCUUGUUGAGUACAGACAAAAAUGACCGCAGACACGAGUGCCUCUGCAAUGACCAACAUGGACAUCGAUGACAGUAAAUUUGGCUACAGUCGACUUUCAGGGAACGGCAGCAGGUUCCAGAACUCAGUUAACGGGUUGAGAAGGAACCCGUUCAAGCUGGUUGCAGCUGGUCUUGGACUGUUGUGUGUUUUUCUGCUGGCUGGAGUCAUCGGUCAGCAUCUCCACUAUCGUAAAUUAGAGGGAGAAAACCAGAACCGUCUCAACGAAGUGACCAAAGUCAAAGACAACUUGCAGGAGAACCUGAAGACCGUACAAAAGGACAAAAAAACCCUCCAAGUGGACAAAGACCAGCUACAGGGCAGAUAUGAUUAUUUAUCCAGGCAGAAUAAUCAGCUGCAAACAAAUGCCAACAUUCUGAAACAAGAAAGUAAUGAUCUUAAAGUUAAACAAAGCCAGUUACAGAUGGCAAACAGUGCAUUAAGUCAAAGCUUAAACCAAUUAAACUCCAGCCAGCAGCAGCUGCAGACCAAUAACAAGGCUUUGACUAAGGCCAGAGACCUCUUAGACGAACAACACAAGUCAGUGGUCAAACUCAACAAGGACUUACAGACAAGUUACGACACGGCAGUAAAGGAGAGGAACAAUUUAGAGAACAAGUACAACAACGCAACCAGAUCAAGAGAACAACUGCAGCUUAGCUGCAACUUAUUGACCAAAACUGUGGAGAACCUGCAGAAACACUACAACAUCUCCACCAGUGAGAAGGAGAAGCUUGCAAGCAGUCACCAAAACCUGACGAAGGAGAUGGCUGAGUUGCAGGCCAGUUACGACAUACUCGUGAAGGUCAACGAUCAGCUGCAGGCCAGUUACACCGUUUUACUUCAAGAAAAGGAGGAACUUCUAAGCACUAAGAUGAAUGUAACGGCAGAGAGAGACCAGCUGAAGAUGGUCAACUUCAAUCUGACUGCAGAGAGAGACAAACUGCAGCAGGAAGUUCAGAAACUGAACACAACCAUUCAAGAUAAGCCGUGUCCUGCUGGCUGGAAGAAGUUUCAGUACAGCUGCUACUAUGCUGCUUCUGGACAGAAAUCGUGGCACAACAGCAGAUUGGAUUGUCAGAACAGAGGAGCUGACCUGGUCAUCAUAACCAGCGAACAAGAAAUGUCGUUCAUCAAUGGCUUGUAUUCAAGUGACAGUGAAGUUUGGAUCGGUUUGACUGAUGAAGGCGUAGAAGGACAAUGGGUUUGGGUCGAUGGGACGCCACUGACCAAGACGUUUUGGGCUAAAGGUCAACCCAACAGCAUGAGCGGGAGGAACCAGGACUGUGUGGAGUUCUGGCAUCGUUUGACGAGGCAGGGGGAGUGGAAUGAUGAAAGCUGUAGCACAGAAGCACACUGGAUCUGUGAAAUGUAAUUUUGCUUAAUGAAAUUGAUGAUGAAGCCAUCAAUCAAGUCAAAGAUCUUUCCCAAUCAUUUUGGGAAAUUGUCAGAUUUCAUGAAUUAAAAUAUGCAAAAAUCAAUUUCUCAUUAUUUUGGAGUUUUCUGUGUUAAAAUUAAAAAUUUUAAAUGAUAUGGCUGCACUGUGAUUAACAAGCUGCAUUUGUACAUACCGCAAAAUUAUGUUAAAGAUGUUUUGACACCAACAAUUGAUUGUGGCAUUUUUAUAAAAUCAAUUUUGCACCAGUUUGUCUCCUUAAAUGUAUAUCAGAUUGAGUUACUGAAUGUAUGUUGCAAUGGCUUUUUGCGCAGUAUGAUUAGCCAGUUCAGAGUGAACGGUAUUUCAUCAUCCACUAACCAGGCUUUGACUGUUGUAUUUAACAGGUGUCAUUAUUGUGCUGUAAUGUUUGUGUAUUUUAUGUAUUAAAUCAUGGAAGUAUGAAAAGAUGUGUGAUUGUGAAUAAAAAACAUCUUGUUUUAUGAUUCA